AUGUACGAAGAUAAGUCAGUAAUGUCAGUUGUUGAUAUAAAGUCUCUGAUUGUUGGCAAAGAUUGUUCUCACGUCAAAGAGAAUCGGAAAAAGAUGGUCAGUGCUCAGGAGAAGAGUGACAUGGAGAUGCUUCUUGGUAUGGAGAUCAAACUACGGUUGUUGGACACAGAAGGUGUUCGAAUCCCAGCCAAGCCACCGGCCAUACCUCCAGAACCGGACAACUAUAACUUUGUGUAUGCCAUGUGA